AUGCCUCUAAACUUGUUAAUAUUUUCAUGAUUUGUUUUAUUUUAUGGUGGAGCUUGCGAUGGUCAAGGCUUACAACCUUUAAAGUAAUCAAUGUUCGAAAAGAUCGGAAGUAACUUGGGCCUCCAGUUUCUGCCGAAUUUCCAGUUAUUUGGCAUUAAAAUAUAUAUUAGGAAUUACAGAACCAGGUUGGAAUUAAAUUUUCUGCAGAUGAUUGUUUAGAGGUUAUAAAAUGUUUAUACAGGCUUUUCGUUAAAAACGAAGUUGGUCCUUCUAAUCGUCACCCUAACGAACAGAUUCUUGGAGUGCAGGUAGAAAAAGGAUACGGCACAAGCAUGCGCAAUACAGCGUUGAAAAGUGGCAGUUCUGCUAAAAUGUUGAACAGAAGUCUGUUGUAUGUGAUAUUUUUGCUGCCCUUAGCGCUUUCCGACAACGGAAAGGUGGUCUUUCAAUUUCCCGAGUACGACUACAAGGAAACGAGCAAGAACGAGCUUGCUUUCCGGGAAUUCGAAUCUGCCUGCGACCAGAGCGCACGGUGUUCCAGCUUCGCGGACGGUAUCCAGAAGACGCGCUGCGUGCGGGAAUGCGUUUCACCGUCGUGCUAUCAGGAAAUUUAUAAGUUCGAUGAGCUGGAGGAAGGUGAAAUUGACGUUCGACUGAACUCGUUUAGAGCCUGUUUUAUGUUACGAUUAAGUAGGAAUCGUGGUUAAGUGUUUUUUGUUACUAGAGUUUCGGA